AGUGAGAGAAUUGCAGAGAGAUGGAUGCAGUGCAGAUUGUGAAAAGUUCAUCUCCUUCCCAUGAAGGAAUUCGUAUUGUGAGGGGAGCAAUAAGGCUUUUUGCAGUAUUUGUUGUGUUUUUGGGCACUCUUUUUAUUUGGUUCAUGAUGCCUACCAACACUUAUAAGCAGAUUUGGCGACCUCAAAUCAGACGAAAGGCUAACUCAAGUACCUUUUUGGGAUCAGCAGGUGCAAAUCUUCUGGUGUACACAUUUCCCAUUUUGUUCAUUGCGGUGUUGGGUUGUAUCUAUCUUCACCUGGGAAACCAGUUGAAUGAUCGUAAAAUGGAAAGCGGAAGCAAUGACAGAAAGAAAAAGCGGUUUGCAGUAUGGAAACAGCCUAUUUUGGUAAAAGGCCCCUUAGGAAUUGUUUCUGGGAUAGAGCUGGCCUUGUUCGCCAUGUUCGUUGCACUCCUGAUUUGGUCAUUUUCAAUGUAUUUGCAGAGCAGUUUUGCUAAAAUCUCAGCAGCAAAGCACCCCGAUGAACAUAUAUGGAAACCUAAAUUGGAGAGUGCAGCAUUGAUGCUAGGGCUCGUGGGGAACAUAUGCCUCGCCGUUCUCUUCUUUCCUGUGGCACGUGGCUCUUCGGUUCUGGCACUGUUUGGUCUCACUUCUGAAGGUAGCAUCAAGUACCAUAUAUGGCUUGGACACUUAGGCAUGACACUCUUCACGGCUCAUGGCCUUUGUUACAUCAUCUACUGGGCUGCUACUAAUCAAAUUUCCCAGAUGAUAAGAUGGGAUAAAAUUGGCGUAUCAAACCUAGCUGGGGAGCUGUCUUUGCUCCCUGGACUGAUCAUGUGGGCAACUACCAUCCCUCGCAUCAGGCGUCAAAUGUUUGAGCUCUUCUUCUACACUCAUUAUCUUUACAUCCUCUUCGUGAUCUUCUUUAUCCUUCACGUUGGCAUUACCUAUACUUGCAUUAUGCUCCCUGGUUUCUACCUCUUCCUGGUCGAUCGUUUCUUGAGAUUCUUACAAUCCCAAACAAGAGUGCGAUUAGUCUCCGCGCGUGUUUUACCAGGCGAAACCAUAGAGCUCAACUUGGCCAAGACCCCAGGCCUGAAAUAUAAUCCAACAAGCGUCAUGUUCAUAAAUGUACCUAGUAUUUCCAAGAUGCAGUGGCAUCCUUUCACUAUUACUUCCAACAGUAGUUUGGAACCAGAAAUGAUCAGCACCGUUGUCAAAAGUGAAGGAAGUUGGACAAAGAAGCUUUGUCAAAUGGUUUCAUCCCCUUUUCCAACCGAUCAGAUUGAGGUCGCCGUAGAAGGGCCUUAUGGACCUGCUUCAACCCAGUUUUUAAGGCAUGACACCCUUGUGAUGGUGAGUGGAGGCAGCGGCAUUACCCCAUUCAUAUCCAUAAUCCGGGAGCUCCUCCUGCUGAGCACAUCAUUCAAAUGCAAAGUUCCGAACGUGAUCCUAAUUUGUGCAUUCAAAAACUCAUUGGACCUCACCAUGCUAGACCUCAUUCUUCCAAUGUUCAGCACCUCAAUCGACAUGUCCAACCUGAACCUCCAAAUCCAGGCCUAUGUGACAAGAGAGACAGAACCAAAAACAGAUGGCUUGAAGCCCGUUCGAUCCAUAUGGUUCAAACCAAAUGCAACAGAUGCACCUGUAUCACCAAUUUUGGGAACAAAUAACUGGCUCUGGCUAGCCUUAAUCAUCACAUCUUCCUUCAUCAUGUUCCUCAUCUUGAUUGGGAUUAUUACACGAUACUACAUUUACCCCAUUGAUCACAAUUCGAACAAGAUAUUUUCGUAUUCUAUAAGAGCUGUGCUUAACAUGUUGGUUACAUGUGUUGCUAUAGCCUCAACAGCUAGUGGAGCAGUUUUAUGGAACAAGAAAAAGAAAAAGAAUGCUAUGGAAAAUAAGCAGAUUCAGAGCAUGGAAGGGCCAUCACCAAUGGGGACACCACAGUCACUGUUUUACAAUGCUGGUAGGGAGUUGGAAAGCCUUCCCCAACAGUCUCUUGCACAAGCAACAAGUGUGCACUAUGGUGGAAGACCAGACCUGAAGAAGUUGAUAUUUGAGUGCAACGGAUCAAGUAUUGGAGUUCUUGCGAGUGGUCCAAAGACAUUGAGGCAUGAAGUUGCAACUAUUUGUUCAUCAGGUUUGGCAGAAAAUCUGCAUUUCGAGUCAAUCAGCUUUAGCUGGUGAUCGACUAAAUGCAUUUCUACACAUAAAAUAAAAGUAUAGUUGAACCUUUUGUGUAUUUGUUUUAUGCAUAUGUCCUAAUUUUUUUUGGGAUUUCAAAACUGUCAUGGUAAAUGUACAAAGUAGCAGUAUAGCAAUGAAAAAAAAUGU